AUGUCGCUGCCGGCGCUUGCGGCCUCCGCCCUGCUGCUGCUCUCGGCGGCGGCGGGAGUGAGCGGCGCCGACGGCAGAUCGUUCGCCGCCGGCUCCCAAGCCUACUGCCUGUACUGCCUGGGAACAAGCAACCGCAUGGUGUGCGUGGCGCAGGGCUCGCCCUGCACCUACGUCACUGAGCCGUACAAGGGCGGCGCUGGCAUUGCCGACCUCCGGCUCUGCUUCAACAAGACACCAGGGUUCAACGUGUCGGACGAGAUGGAUGGCGGCGCCUUCAACUGCCCCAAGUCCCUCACCAUCCCCACAGUCGGCACAUACCCGCUCACCAGCGGCAGCCUCGAGCUCCCCGAUUUCAGCCCCGUGGUGGAUUGCUCCCAGGGCGAGGCGAGCUUGGCGGCGGUGCGGCUCUGGCUCGUGGCGCUGGUGGCUGCAGCGGCUGCCUUGAUGAACCGGCUGGCGAGAUGGAGCAUCAUGGGCAGGAAAGACUUCAACGAGGCGCUCAUCACGGUGGUCAAGCUGUCGGGCGUGCUGCAGGCCUUCACAGGGCCGGCGCGUGCCCCGCAGGCCCGCCGUCUGCUCUACCUGGAUCGCGUGGAGAAGUGGUUUGCCAGGGCGUUUACCAAGGGCCUGAAGCCAGCCGCUUGUGGCUCGCCCGUUCAGUCUGAAUUGAUAUUUGGCCUCAUCCGCCGCCUGUCCAAGAGCACAGGCAUCCCAGUGUACACCUUUGCUGAGGAUGUGGCGGCGAGCGGCGGCUACUGGCUCAUGUGCGCAGGCGACAAGUCGUAUGCAUUGGAGACGUCCCUGGUGGGCAGCGUGGGCGUCAUCAGCGCCACCUUUGGUGCCACAGAAGCCGCCAAGAAGCUGGGGGUGGAGCGGCGCGUGUUCACCGCGGGGGAGGCCAAGAUGCAGCUGGACCCCUUCCUGCCGGUGCAGCCCGACCAGGAGGCACGGCUGCGCGACAUCAUGGACGACCUGCACCAGGCCUUCAAGGAGCGGGUGCGCGGCAGCAGGGGCGAGCGCCUGGCGGCGGGCCGCGACGAUGAGCUGUUCUCAGGGCGGGCCUGGACGGGGCGGCAGGCACUCAAGCUUGGCCUGGUGGAUGGGCUGGGCGACAUGCGGAGCGUCAUGCAGGAGCAGUUUGGAGAGAAGGCCCGCUUCCUGCUCUGCUCCGAGGCGCCGCAGCCCAGCAUCCGUGACGUGUUUGGCCUGGGCUCCCUGCUGGGUGGCGGCUCGGCAGGCGGCGGCCAGCUGGUUGGCAGCAGCGGCAGCGACGGAGGCGGCGGCAGGCUGCAGGGAGUGAUGCACAGGCUGGCUGCGGCAGCAGGCGGCGGCGCUGUCGGCGAGGAGGCGGCAUAUGCCGCCUGCCGCAGCGCCAUCGAGGCGGCGCUGGACGAGGCGGAGCAGCGGGCCCACUGGGAGCGCUUCAGGGUGCAUGUGUAG